AAGAAUCAGAAUUAGACGAUGAGUUAGGAUUCAACCUAUGGUCUGAUCAUUACUCUCCUAUUCAAUUUGAAGAGGAUACUGAUGAUAAUGGAGAAUUAGAAGAGCUAAUAGAAGACAACCCAGCUGCCUAUCUUGCUGAAGUUGCAGGAUAUACUACUAAAAUUGAUCCAACCAUAAAGGAAGAUAUAGAAUGGCAUAUUUCUUCACCCAAAUCUGAAGAAAGCGAGGAAUGGUUUGAAGAGGAAUUAUCUCAACAAUACUCUAAUACC